UACUCUAUGUUCCAUAAAUGUGCGCAAGUGAAUUAUAUGUUGUGCACAGCGGCCGUAUUGGGGGCCCGCUUCCGAGGUUCUGCUGACUCUUGCCUCCUUGCAGACGCCAACGGAAAUCUCGACCCCGAAGCCCCGCCCGCUAACUACGGACGACGACGGUCCAGAGCUGUACUCUACCAAUUGUCAGGACAUUAUAAACCAGAUAAGAUGAAAGGGAAGCUGAAACUUAAUAAUAACUUGUUAAGCUCGACACCGGCGCCCCUUCCGGAAUAUAAAACAGCUUCCGUGAAGAAGAGCAGAUUUAUAAUCUCUCAUUAUGGCAUGUUCAAAAGUGCCUGGGACUGGCUAAUAUUAAUGGCUACGUUUUAUGUAGCUGUAGUUGUGCCCUAUAACGCUAGUUUCGAAACAGAAAGGCCAUCUGUGGUACUCGACGUCUUCGUAGAAGCUUUAUUUUUUAUAGACAUAUUAUUGAAUUUUCGUACAACGUAUGUAAACACGAAAGGCGAAGUGGUGUCAGCAUGGAAAACGAUAGCCAUCAACUAUUUACGAACAUGGUUCUUGGUCGAUCUGCUCGCCGCCCUCCCCUUUGAUUUAUUGUACGCUCUCUCUGGGGCCGAAGAUUUACUACAGACUUCCGGAACGCUGUCUAGUUCACACACUCACCUUAUUAAACUAACAAGACUUUUGCGAUUGGCAAGGCUGCUCCAGAAAAUGGACAGGUACUCGCAGUACAGCGCCAUGAUCUUGACCCUUCUGAUGCUUUUUUUCACUUUAGUAGCACACUGGCUAGCAUGUAUAUGGUACGUCAUCGCCGAAAAAGAAGUUGAUACCGAUUUGGGUUGGAUUCAUACCCUAGCAGAACGACUUCACUUACCACAUGCGUAUAAUGUAACGAGCCUCGAUGCCUACGUUACUGCGUUGUAUUUCACGUGUUCCAGUCUUACAAGUGUUGGUUUUGGAAACGUCAGUGCGAACACAACAAACGAAAAAAUUUUCAGUAUAUGCGUGAUGCUUAUUGGAGCCCUGAUGCACGCCGUGGUGUUCGGUAACGUGACUGCAAUCAUUCAAAGAAUGUAUUCUCGUCGCUCCCUCUAUCAGCAGAAAUGGCGUGAUCUCAAAGACUUUCUGACUCUGCAUCAGAUUCCGAAGGAAUUGAAGCAGAGAAUGCAAGACUAUUUUCAGACGAUGUGGUCACUCAAUCACGGCAUCGAUAUCCAUGAGACUCUAAAAGAAUUUCCCGAAGAGUUGCGUGGGGACGUCUCGAUGCAUCUUCAUCGGGAAAUUUUACAACUUCCCAUCUUCGAGGCAGCUUCCCAGGGUUGUUUGAAACUUCUUUCGUUGCAUAUAAGAACGAACUUCUGUGCACCGGGGGAGUAUUUGAUCCACAGAGGAGACGCCCUAAGUUAUAUUUAUUACAUUUGCAAUGGAUCCAUGGAGGUGGUGCAGAAUAAUAUGGUUGUGGCUAUACUGGGAAAAGGAGACCUAGUGGGAAGUGACAUUAACAUGCACCUCCAACAUUCGUCCAAUGGUCCAUCGAGUGAGAAUCAACGAGAACGUUCGACUGACAUAGUUAUUAAAUCAAGCAGUGAUGUACGAGCUCUGACCUACUGUGAUCUUAAAUGUAUCCACAUGCAAGGAUUAGUCGACGUGUUGAGGCUGUAUCCUGAAUAUCAGCAGCAAUUUGCUAAUGAUAUCCAGCACGAUUUGACGUUUAAUGUAAGGGAGGGAUAUGAAGCUGAGGCUGAGUCUGAAGGAAAUGGCAUUCCUUCUCUUACCCUUCCCAGCAUUAGCGAGGACGACGAAAAUGCCCACGAGGAGGGGGAAACUUCACCCUUGUCACCCAAUAGAUCACCUGUACACGCUCUGUCGAAUAGCCCUAGACAUGCUAAAUUCAAUUUGAGAUUACAAGAGUUCCAAGACAGUGUGCGCCGCCCCAGAAUGGGUGGAAUCGCUACCAAUCACUUAGCCAUGUUACGUCAAAGAGUAGAAAGACAACGAAGUGUGGUCCUGCCACAUCAUUCUAAGCCAAAUUCCCUGGAAGAAAUCAAUUCUGAACUCAAAAGCGAUGUCGAAAAUACUAGGAAUGGUGUAGAUAGAUUAGAUGAUCAAAUAUCUACCUUACAUCAAGACGUAGCGACAUUAAGUAUGGAGGUUCGAAAUGCUAUCCAAGCCCUCCAGGAAAUGGCAACACCUUCAUCCUGCAGUGCAUCAGUCAUCAACUACUCCGCCCAGUCGAACCCCAACAUCGCCCACCUGCACCACAGUCCAUCCGGCAUUCCCGGGAACGGUAUGUUAGCCAGAAGCAACUCUCAUCCUCCAGAGAUGUUCUGCUGGGAAGGUCCUCCAUCACCACCUUUUCCUCCAAUGAGAACGUACAUCGAUUCGCAAACGCAGACAGAGUCUACAGUUACUCUCAUGCGUCAAUACAUCCUAGAAAACCCGAAAAGGGUGUUGGAGAUAAUGGGUUUAGAUCCGGAGAAAAUUAUGAAUUCGGUAGAAAUUAAGAAAAGUCGUAGUAUACCAGAUUAUACAAGUAGGCUAAGGAACUUUGCGGAUUUUUCCGGUAUUAGUGAGAAUGUAAAUAGUCACCCAGACACAUGUCUGGUCGAAGUGGAGACUGACGUAGUUAGAGGAGAAAAUUGUUCGUUCUCCUGGAAUAAAGGUGGAAGGAAGGUUCAGAUUUUUGAGACGUUAAAUUCGAAUAAAACGCAGAAUGCGUUGCUCAAAUUUAGAAAUAACGUUGAAUAAGUUUACCAUCAAUUUUAUCUUGUUUGCAUGUGUUUAAAUUAAUUUAGAAAAAAAAAGAUGUUUUUUGGUGCCAUUUUUUACAUUUUUCGAUUUUGCCUAAAUAAAUAAGCAAUUUAAAAGUAGUAUUGAUGUCGAUACAUCCAAUUUGUAUAAAUGUAUAAAAACCAAUAGGAACAAAUUCCUCUUAUUUUGACAGAUCGGCCGAAUAAUCAUUGAACCAUUACUACAUGCACUUUUCUAGUUAAUCAUACCAACUGAUACCUUGCAAUAGUAACUUAUAAAAUGGUACCUUCAUACCUAGGAGUACCUAGAAAUUCAUCACAUAUUUUAUUAAUGUUUGCUUUUUUCACUUUAUACCUAUCUGAUAAUUCCUUCCUGAUACGCAAUAAAACCCAAAAUACAAGAACAAUACUUUUAUUAUUUUGUCUUAUAAUUAAAUUUUUCCUAUUUAUUUUCUUGUUUCUACUCUCGAAUAUUGUUGUUACAUUGUCAUGUGGAACAUAUUAAAUUAUUUUUCCUAUAGUUACUUAUUUCUAGCGGAAACCUAUCAUAAAUAAAAAUCUUAGUCCAGUUACUUAAAAGAUAUAUUACCAACACAAUUAUCUCUCAAUCUUACAUAACAUAAUCUUCUUUCUCUGUUUGUUUAUGUAAUACUAUGGUCUCUGGGCAUACAAGAUAGUAUAUAUUAGCAACUGCUUAUUUUAAAAAUCCUUACGUUUCCAUACGUUAUCCAAAAUAUUUUAUCCAUUAGGCUACAUAAUGGCUGCCCAAUAACAAAUAUUCAGAAUUCAUAUUCGAUAUUGAACAGUAUAUUUUUAUCACCCCGUACAUCAUAUUAACCAAUUUGUUAUCAUAUUUAAACAUGAGCGGGAUAUUUCAUUUGUUUAUUUGUCGUAAUUUAUAAGCUAUAUUUUGGCAAUGAACAUUAAAUUAGCUGACUAAUUAACUUUGUUGUCGUGGGGCCCAUGACCUAAUCCAUGUUGCCAACAAGAAAUAAUACAAUUUAGAAUCAUUCUCAAAAAUCACUUCAACCAGGCAAGAUGUGCCUUUAACUUCAGUCAAUAUGUAGAGUAUCAUAGAGUCUUCAACUAAACGCGUACCAGUAACAAGUCAGUAUUCAAAGUUCUCCCGGGGUAAAUACCCUAGUGUCGGUUCUAUAAAUAAAUUCCUUUAUCGCCAUUGGUGUUUCCCUUAUCUGAAGAACAGCCUCCACUGAGCCCUAGGAUUAUACAAUGGCUGUUCCAAUAAGUUUUGCGGUUCGUUAACACGUUGGCGGACAGUGCGUCAAAUACAUAAGCAAGUGUUGUGACACUAUCGCCGGUCCGGAAUAAGACUGACGUAACUGCAAAUUUUGUCAAUUCCUGUUUAUUGCGUAAUUAACUUCUAAAAUACUGUUAGUACGUUCUUUAACGGUAAAAUAUUGCAAAACCUCUAAAUUUUAAAGAACCGCUUGGAUUGACACGAAAUUUGGCAUAACAAGUCAAAGAAAAAAAGUGAUAUUGUGCCGAUAUGUGCUUUUGCCCUGGGGGUGAAAAAAUAUUCGUCCAAAGUAAGUCAGGAAAUGGAUAAACUGACUAAUUUUAAGUAACUUUUGUUCUAUAGAGUUUUUUCACUAAGUCAAUACUUUUCGAGCUAUUUGCCAGUGAAUAUGUUCAUUUUUUCAACAAAAUAACCACGCUUUUAGACGGUUUUUUGCAAAUAACUCAAAAAGUAAGUAUUUUGUCGA